AUGGAAACUGUAGAUCGGUUACUGGAAUCCUUGAGAAUUUCCCAAGAAAAUGGCCAUAAAGAAGAGGAAGAGAAAUCCUGCAUUGAUUUAGGUAACAUUUAUCUUGAUUUAAAACAACAUGAGAAAGCUGUGGAGUUUUAUGAAAAAGCCUUUUCGAUCUGCAACGAAACGGGACACAAAGAUGGAGAAAGACUUGUUUGCAGUAAGAUUGGAAUUGUCUACGCUGCUCUUGAAAAGCAUGAGAAAUCUCGUGAGUACUUAGAAAAAGCCCUUACAAUCUGUAAGGAAUCUGGACAUGAGAAAGAAGAAUGCGAGCUUCAUAGUAAUCUUGGUGACGUGUACUAUGCCCUCGGUUUGCAUGAAAAAUCAAUUGAGCACCUUGAAAAUGCUCUUGCGAUAAGUAAAAAAACUGGUAGCACUAAAUUGGAAGCCAAAUUGUACAAAAAGCUGGGUAACACGCAUUUCGCUAGUAGUCAGUAUGAAGAGUCCAUCUCCCAUUUCCAGAAAAGUCUGGAAAUUCGACAAGCACUCAAAGACAGAGGUGGAGAGGGGCGCCUUUACAAUCUUCUAGGUUACGUUCAUUGUGCCCUUAGCCAGUAUGAGAAAUCUAUGGAAUACUUUGAGAAAGCUCUCGUGAUCAAUGAGGAGGUCGAGGAUAAGAGAAGAAAUGGAAACAUUCACAUCAACCUUGGAGAUGUCUAUCAUGCUCUUGGCCAAUAUAAAAAGUCAGUCGAGUAUUUACGAAAAGGUCUUCAAUUGAGCAAGGAGGCCCAAAGCAAACAAGGAGAAGGAAAGGCUUACAGCAGUCUCGGAAAAGUGUAUCACGUCCUUGGUGAAUACGAUAAAGUGAUUGAGUGCUCAACAAAAAGCCUUGAGAUUAGUUUAGAAGUGGGAAACAGAUAUGUAGAAUGUGCAUCCCUCAGUAAUAUGGCUGGAGUAUAUCAUGUUCGAGCCCAAUACGAUAAAUGUCUCGAAUACUAUAAGAGGGCCUUAGAGAUCUAUCAAUCUCUUGGAGAUAAACACGGGCAAGGGACGAUUAACACUAAUCUUGGCACUCUGUAUUACUCUUUAAGCAAGUAUGAGCUAUCCGUCACAUACUACGAAACGGCAAUUAAGAUCAGCAAAGACAUAAGAGACAGACAAGGAGAAGCGCGAGCCUACCUUAACCUCGGCGGAGUACAGGAGGCUAUUGCCAAUUAUCCAGAAUCUCUAAAAUCAUUACAGAGAUCUCUCGAAAUCAGUCAAGAUAUCGGGGACCAACAAGUCGAAGGGGCGGCUUACAGCACCAUGGGUGGUGUAUAUAAUUCUCUGGGUCAGUUACUAGAGUCGAUCGAAUGUCAAGAGAAAGCCGUGAAAAUCUAUGAAGCGAUUGGAGAAAAGGAAGGACUGGGAGAGUCGUAUAACAAGCUUGGUAGCGUGUACAGUGACCGUGGUCGGUUCCAGAAGGCACUGGAAUGCUACGAGAAAGGCCUUGAGAUAAGGAAAGCUAUUGGAAACAAGCAAGGAGAGGCUGCAUCGUACAACAAUUUUGGCAGUGUCUACUACGAACUUCGACAGCUGGAGAAGGCAAUCGAGAGUCACGAGAAGGCAUCGCUAAUUAGAAGAGAGAUUCGAGACAAACGAGGGGAAGGUGUAUCUUGCAACAACCUGGGCACUGUAUACAACGAUUUAGGCCAAUAUGAGAAGGCGAUUGCUUAUUUCAGUAAAAGUCAAGAAAUAAGUUUAGAAAUUGGAGAUAGGCCAACGGAAAGAGUUUCUUACAAUAACAUGGGCAACUCGUAUCUAGCAAAGGGCCAAUAUGAUGAGUCAAUGGAUUGUCAAAAGAAAGCACUCGACAUCAGCAUCGCCAUUGGUGAUAAACCUGGAGAAGCUGCGUCCUACAGUAAUCUGAGCUCUGUGUGCUAUGCUCUUCGAAAACACGACAAGGCGGCCGAGUAUCAAGAAAAAGCAUUAGCAAUAAGAGAGGCCAUUGGUGAUAAACGUGGAGAGGCUAAUUCCUGCAUCAAUCUCGGCAAUCUUUAUGUCGCUCUCGGCCAAUAUGAAAUAAGCAUCAAGUAUUUUCUAAAAGCCAUAGAAGCCAGCGAAGCAACAAAUCAAAAGCAACAGCAAGGAAUAUUGUACAGCAGUCUAGGUCGUGCAUAUGACGCACUUGGGCAGAAAGAACAGUUCAAAGAAUGCCUCAUGAAAGCCAUUGAAAUCAGUAAGGAGAUUGGAGACACAGAAAGAGAAAGCAUGUCCUACAACAUCUUGGGAACCAAGUGCUAUGCCCUGCACCAGUACGGCGAAGCCCUCAGCUAUUUUGAGCAGAGUCUCAGGGUAAUGAAAGUUCUCGAUAAUAAAGAAAGGGAAAAAACAACAUAUCACAACUUGGCUACCGUGCACGAGGCUCUUGGCCAGAUUCCAGACGCCAUUCAGUAUCACGAAAAGGAACUCAACAUUAUCAAAACACACUUUGGCAAGAAGUUGGAAGAGGCGUCAUGUAGCAAACUCAGCAGUCUUUAUAAGGCCCUUGGUCAGUACGAGAUGUCGAUUAGUUACGGGGAGAAAGCCCUGGAAAUCAGUAAAGUUCUCGGCGACAAACUAAGAAUUGGGAAAGCGUAUGAGUUACUUGGAACUGCCCAUCAUUCUAUCCGUCAAUACGAAAAAUCCAUCGAGUACAGGAAAAAGGCAAUUGAGGUUAGUCAAACUAUAAGUGCUAGAAAGGCAGAGGCAAGAUCUCACAGCCAACUUGGGAAUGUUUAUUACGACCUUGGAUUCUUCAAAAAAGCAAUUGAAAGUCAUAAAAAGAGUCUUGAAAUCCGAAAGGAAAUAAAGGACAGACAUGGAGAAGCAACCUCACACAACAACUUAGGGACUGCAUACUGUGCACUUAAUCAGCUUCAGGAAGCCAUUGAAUCUUGCCAAUUAAGCCUUCAAAUCAGCGAAGAAAUCGGGGAUAAAGUUGGAGAAAUAACAGCUUGCAACAACCUUGGUAGUGUGUACAAUCUUCUUUACCAUCAUCAUGACAAAAUGAUUAAAUAUCAGGAAAGGGCACUCGCAGUCAGCAAAUCCAUAAAGGACAAACAAGGUGAGGGAACGUCCUACAGCAACCUUGCCAUUGCGUACCAUGCCAUUGGUGAACUUGAGAAGUCAGUCGAGUACGAAGUGAAAGCAUUGGCGAUCAACGAUGAGAUUGGUGAUAAACUACGCUCAAGCAUUUCCUACAACAACCUUGGCAGAAUCUAUUACAUUUUUGGAAAGGACAAGGAAUCAAUCGAUUGUUUCAAAAAAGGGCUCGACAUCAAGAGAGAAUUAAACGACAGAGAAGGACAACGAUGUUGUCAUAGCAGCCUUAGCCUCUUGCUCAGUAACCUCGGCGAGUAUGAAAAGGCAAUUGAACAUCAGCAAGAAGCUCUUAAGAUCUGCGUGGCAACUGGUAAUAGAGAAGGGGAAAUACUAUCUAAUGAAUCCCUCAGCACUAUAUAUUACUUGUUUGGCCAGUUCGACCAAUCAGUCCUAUACCAGGAAAAAGUGCAGGAGUUGAGCAAAGCGGCCGGAGAUCGAAAGAAAGAAGGAACAGCUUUCAGCAAUUUAGGAACCAUCUACCAUGCUCAGAAGAAAUUGGGGGAAGCGGCUGAGUAUCAAGAAAUUUCCCUAGCCAUCUUCGAGGAAAUUGGCGAUAAAGACGGAGUAACCUUAUCGUGCAACAAUCUUGGUGGCAUUUACUGUGAUCUUGGUCAACAUCAGAAGUCCAUACUGUAUCACCAAAGAGCUUUAGAGCUCUGUAAAGACAUCAGCGCCAGUAAAGGACAACUGCGGUGCUACAAAAACCUUGGUACAGCAUACAAUCUUACGGGCGAAAGGGAAAAGGCCGUUGGGUAUUACACGAAAGGUCUGGAGUUAAGCAGUAAAAUGGGGGACAAGAAAGAACAAAGGACACUCUACCAGAAGCUAUACACCUUAUCUGAUGCACUGGGUAGAAAGGAUGAAGCUGAUAAGUACCAACAGAAAGCAGAACAAAUCAAGGAGGAGUUUGGAGAAAGACCAGAAGAAAGUGAAUCUGAAGAAAUUAUCGCACAGUGUGUGUAUUAUGUUUUCGACCUUUAUGAAAAGUCCAUUGAAAAUCAAGAGAAGUGUGGAAUGAUUAUUGCCCACAGAUACGAGGACCAUAGUCCUGAAAUUGAAACGAAGGCGUCAAUUAGGCAACACGAAAGAGAAAUGGAGAUUGGGAUAGCAACCGGCGACAAACCAGGAGAGGAAAGUGCUUAUAAUUCCCUCGCAGGCACUUACCUGAAUCUUGGACAAUAUGUUAAGUCCAUUGUGUAUUUUGAAAAAGCACUGAAGCUAAGCAAAGCAACUGGGAGAAGAGGGGCCGAGGCAAAGAUUUAUAAUGGCCUUGGAGUUGUGUACCAAACCCUUUGUCAGCAUGAGAGGGCAAAAACAUAUCACGAAGAAGCGUUGAAAAUCCAGAACGAAAUUCAAGACAAGAGUGGAGAAGAUUCAUCUUACACAAACCUAGCAGGUAUAUACCGUGACCUUGGUCAGUACAAAGAAGCCACAGAAUAUCAAAAAAAGUCGCUCAGCAUCUGUAUCCAAAGCCACGACAGAGAAGGGGAGGCCUCAUCAUACAAUAACCUCGGUAGUAUAGCCAAUGCCCGUGGCCAACAUGACGUCUCCUUGGAUUACCACAAGAAAGCUCUUAAAAUCAGGACAGAGAUUAAAGAUAAAAAAGGGGAGGGAAUCACCUAUGUCAACCUUGGAAACGUUUACUUCGCACUUGGGCAGUAUGAGGAAUCUAUCAGAUACCUAGAGAUGGGACUUCAAAUCAUUAAAGAAACUGGGCUUAAGGACAAAGAACACUUAAUCCUUUACAGUCUAGGAGUCAGUCAUUUUCAUCAGGAUAGCUUCACGAAAGCAUCAGACUACUUCCUUGAAAGCAUAAAAGGCCACGAAAGCAUCAGAGAAUUUCUCAAAGAUGAAUACAAGCUCUCAUUAGACGAGCAGCGAAUUUCGUUUUAUAAAGGACUUCCCUUGUUAUUACUCAACCUUGGAAAAAAGGGGGAUGCCCUUUGUGCAGCAGAAAAAGGACGAGCUCGUGCACUUGUUGAUCUGAUGUCAGUCAAUUUUGGCAUACAAGAAGUCGAGAACACAAGUGAAUUUACUUUGAGUUCGAUUUCAAGGCUCGUGGAGAGCCAGCAAGUUAAUUUCCUCUUCAUGAGUGUCAUAACCAGACACGUCUAUCUCUGGGUCAUAGACAAGGACGGGAAGAUAAGCGUCAAUGCCAGUAUGAAAGAACCAGAGCUUGAUACUCCCUCUUUAGAUGAUUUGGUACCAAUUCCUUUGAAAGGAGGGGUGGUUGAUGCCCCCGCUUUGAAAGAUUUGGUGUCAAAGACAUUAACAUUCUUACCUGCAGACGACGAAGAAGAAUACGAAGAUCGGUCUUUUGCCGCAUUCUAUGAAGAGGAAUCAUCGACGACAGAGGAGGAACAAAGCGAUGAGGGCGACCAGUAUUACCUUCGUGGUAAAGGGGAAGAAGAAAGAGAUAUUAACUUAAUGAAACUGUACGACCUGUUAAUUGGGCCUAUCCUCAAAUUUAUCAAUGGUCCAGAGAUUGUCAUCAUCCCUGAGGGAAAUAUGUUUUUGAUCCCCUUUGCAGCCUUGAAAGAUUCCGAUGGAAAGUGCUUGUCAGAAACUAAGCGCAUUCGGCUUAUUCCUUCUCUGACAUCCCUUCUGGUCAUUCAAGACUCACCUAAAGAAUACCAUGCCCAAACUGGAACGUUGAUCGUGGCUGAUCCAGUUGUUCAAGGUGUAGAGUUUGAAGGAAAGGUUGGAAAUUUAAAACCUCUUCCGAAUGCCAGAACAGAAGCUGAUAUGAUAUCCCGUUACGUGACGGCACCAAUAUUAAAGCUUAUUGGAGAGCAAGCUACUAAAGAGGAGGUCUUAAAAAGGAUCCAGGAUGUAAGUUUGGUGCACAUCGCCGCUCAUGGAGACGCAGAAAGAGGAGAAAUUGCUCUGACGCCAAAUAAGCGCACAGAUGAGAUUGCCAGAAUGGAAGACUACUUGCUAACGAUGGAGGAUAUAGCAAAAGUGGGAAUAAGGGCCAAACUAGUGGUAUUGAGUUGCUGCAAUACUGGACGUGGCAAGGUCCUGACAGCAGAGGGAGUUGUCGGGAUAUCACGAGCCUUUCUUGGAUCCGGUGCCAGAUCGGUUCUGAUGACCCUGUGGCCUGUGGACGACGCCGCCACUAAGGCAUUUAUGAAUGUGUUCUAUAGAAGUUUGAUGAGGGACAAUAAAAGUGCAAGCGAGGCACUUCAUUUGUCUGCAGAGAAGUUGAGAAAAUCGAGCCUCUACAACCACUUUAGACAUUGGGCUGCAUUUGCACUCCUUGGUGAUGAUGUCAAGUUUGACUGACGGAGGGAACUCUUGUAAGUAAUUACUGAAUAACCAAUAAAGUGAGCUAAUGUGGCAGAGACUGAAUCAAACUAAAUCAGAUUAAGUCAAUUUGAGUAGUCUAAUAUUCAUAGAAAUCUUAUGAAAAUAUACGACACAUGCUCUAACCUUUUAUUCACCACUGAAUAUAAUGACGAUCUUGUAUUUAUUCCACUUUUUACACAGAUGCUUCCUCUCCUGACACAGAGGAGCCGUCUGACAGACCGAUGAAACUUGAGAAGAACUGAUUCAAAUCUUAGGACAUUUCGAAUUCUUGACUUUCCUAAAAAAAAGGAUAGUUUCUUGGAUCAGGAGACAAUAGGUAGUCAUAAUUCAAGUAGUAAAUAAGCAAAUUAACCCUUGACCCCUAAGAAUAAGACGCAUCUUAUUUCUCCUUACAAUAUCACCCCUAAAUCACACUUAUAGUUCAUGAGAAUAAAGGAAAUGAUCAUCAACUAAAGCUCUUGCUUGUUAGAAAAAUUCUCCUCGUCGGCACCUUAGGAAAUAUAUGAAAACAGUAUGGAGAAUAUGGCUGCUGAUGUUAGGGUGUAUAAGGUUGACUUAUCUCAUCUUACAUGAUACUUGAAGCAUUAAAAUAAAAAGUAUUUAAGUAAAAAAUCAACAUUUUGAUACAGGAACUCAGUCCGCACGUAAAAUUGAGAUUAUAUAUGUAGUUACUGGUGUAAUCAAAAGGAGGCUGCUUCAUUUGGAGAAAAUUUAAAAUGUUAACAUAAGCGCGGAAACUUUUAAGAUGUUAUUCCUUUGACGACCAAUUUAACACCUGUCUCGUGUUUUGAGAAGGACAAUCUCAAAGAUGUUAUUAUGAAAUGGAACUACUGCUACAGUUCAUUCUCAAAUAAAUACAAACUCGUUGAGCUACUUCUAAGCUUGAGUAAAGUAUUUGGUCUAAUCUAUUGAAAUGUUAUCAAAAUACGUGUUUAGUCAAGAAAUAUAAAGCAAUGGUCAGCCUUCUGCAGAUGCAAGUAUAACAAAGAAACAAAAAUUUUGCGCAUUUUCCUCGGUAAGUUGUAUCGUAAACACAAAGUUGCGCUGAAGUAUUCUUUUCGACCUGUGCGAGGAGAAAAAAUUCAAUAAAGCGUGAUUUGUUUUGAUUACCCGCUAUAACUGAUUAAAAUUUUGGAAAAUCCAAUUUAGAGGUUGUUUUGUUGAACUAUCAGUAUUGUUUCGGUUCAUCAGCUUGUACCUGUUGCGAGAAGCCGUUACCAAUCGAUUUCAGAUCACAACUUAGAUAGCGUUCAAACUGUUACCUGUUAAAGUGUUUUAUAUGGUUGUUGCACAUCGGUGGUGUUAUGUAAGCAAUUAACCUUGUUGAAAUGUAUUGGAUAAUUCAUUAAAAGUUAGACUUUGAUAACGUAACCUAAUUCUUUUGAGUUGUCGUUUAGGCUUAAAUGUAACUCAGUGUAAGUUGAUGAUUAAAAUCUAGAGAGAGCUC